GACAAGUCGGUCUCCCUCGCAGACGUUUCUUCUCGAGCGUUGUAUUCAGUUUUGCGCUCUGAUAUCGUUGCUUUAAAAUAUGUGCUUCUUUUAGUGUGAAAUGUAGUUCAAGGACUCGUCAGAGUGUUGUGUCGUUUGUAUGGAUACCUGUUGCAUUCGUUAUGACAUCGGUUUUGCGUGAUAUCCUGACGAUGUUUCGUCGCAGAAAAGGUGCCAAAGGCUUGAAGCCAUCAGCCAAGAUGUCAUCCGAGGCUGCGGUGGACGACGUCGACCUGAUCGACCUGGAAAGUGGCGUGGCAGCGAGUUGCGUCCCCAGGGUCACAGUCCCCGACGCCACGCCCGAAGAGCAGGAGCAUCUCCUAGACGUCUGUCCUCCCAAGCUCGAACAGAAGCUGUCUCUGACCCGUCGGAGUCACGAUCAGCCGCGUAACGAUAACCAGCGAGAUGCGGCUGGUAACGUCCUGGUCACACUGGGUCACGACCAGGUCGUACCAGUUCGCAAACGCAUCGACGUUGUCUCCUCGGAUACCAUCAAACGAGUCCGCGAUAUCACCAAGAACCUCGAGCCUGUCAUCAGCAUCCACACAUCUGAGAUACUCAAGGCUGACGGUGAAGACAAAGUGGACUUUGGUGCUACGAAGAAGACUGAAGACGACGAAGCUUCGUACGAAACCAGGGAGAUCAACGACGCUUUCAACUUCCUUUCAGAACUGGACGACAACGAGGAACAGUACGAGCUCAGCGUCACCAACGACUACGAGAAGAUCCUGAACAGUCCAAAGUCUAGCUCAUUCAGUAAGGAGAACGUAUCCUAUCCUCUGGAACCAACCUGCUUCAUCGAAGAGGCUAAGAGUGACGGCAGUGGUUUCGUCUUCGAUAACGAAGCUUUCGAAUCCUCUCCACCGUCGAAGAUAAACGGCCAACUGGAGUCCAAUAAAAGACCGGCCUCGUUGAACUUCGACUUUGACGGGCUUCGCGCAGCGAGGAACUCCUUCAAGCGCUUGCGAUCGUUCACGUGCUCGGCUGUGGGCUUCGACGUCGAGCCAUGGAAAAAGAAGUCCAAGAGCUGCCCGUAUCGCAAGUCCUGGAGCGAAGGAUCAUCGGCGAGAAAAUCAAGGUGUAGUGGGGAUUUGGUGGGCAGGAGGAAAAGGACGUACAGUGAGAGACUCGACGAUGAAAAAGUGACGAAGAAGGAUCAGCUGUCGAGUAAAGGACAAUCCGUUUCCUCAAUUGGAGUCUCGCUGACAGCCACAAGCCACAGCGGCAGCAGUUCCUCAGCCGCCUCCUCGUGUUCCGAGGUGGACUGGUCGUGGGUCGAGGAAGUCGAGCCGGAGUGCGGUCGGCGCUCGACUACCGCUGCCCAUCAGCACCAACAAUCGUCCAACGCCGAGGAACCAUCAGCGGCGGCGGCGGCAGCAGCGAUCGGCGGCAAUUCCCCCACCUGUAGUACCGGUGGCGCGCGCAUGCGCUCGAGGCAGUCGGCCAGCCGCGAUCAGCAAGCCAGUGUCGCGAUGUCCGUCGCCGCGGCGGGAAAGACGAGCGACGAGAGACGCGAGUUGCCGAGUGAUAAUCGUGCGGACAAUGUGCACCACCAGUCGAGGAUCACAGAGGCGCAGCUGCUGCGCUCUUCCACCGUCGAGGAUCCCUGUGUCGUUGAUCUUGCCAGGAUUAACGCCGCACCGGCCAAUGAUAGCACAAGCAACGGCGGCACACUGCCCUGGCUCCGAGCCUCGAUGCGUCGUCUCCGUCAGCUCCGGCUUCCAGGUACCCAGGACACAUCGCAGCCGAAUUCGCUGCCGGACAUCGCUCUCAUCGCUCCGGAGAUCCUGGCCGCUCAAACGAACGACACGACCGGCGGUCUUUUGAGGCCCUCGAGUGCCCCGGCGCCUGUUCGCAGUGGUACCGCUAGCGCGACAGCUGCAGCUGCGCCUCCGAGCAGCAACAAUGCUCAGCUGGCGAGUAGUCCGAGACGCGGACGCAGGUGUCAACAGCAGAGGUCGACGAGUAGCAAUACUAGGUCGGCCAGUAGUGGAGCCGAGUCGACCAGUACCUGUGCCAGCAGUGCGGGUAGCGGCGCAGGGAUGAGCAGCAGUGCUAGCUCGGCUUCCAGUACCAAUCCCAGUCCGCAGCAUCAGGCUAAUAGAUCGACUUCUCCGAGAAGGGUCUGCGACAACAGGCAACGUGAUGCCGAGAGGGACGACGAGAGGGGAGAAGACGAGGACGAGGACGAGAACAACCCGUUGGGAAGGUGGCCGCACGCACUUAGUCCCGCCCUCGCGUGUCUCGGCUGCACCCUCGGGCUAUUUAAUAUUAGUCGAUUCGCCAUACUCAGCAUUCAGUUUGGAGCGAAUUUUAUCGUACAGUUCCUGAUCCUCUCCUUAGUCAUAGGCAUUCCUUUACUGACGCUGCAGGUAUGUCUCGGUCAGAGGCUGGCAGCGGGGGCCGUCGACAUGUGGAAGAUAUCGCCGCUCUUCCAGGGCGUCGGUAUCGCCUUGCUCGCCGCCCAGGCUUUCAUCGGAAUUUACAGUAUCGUCGGUGUCUCCUGGAUGUUCGUCUACUUCAGGGACUCCUUCAUCACGAAGCAGGACAGGUACAGGUGGGCCGAGCCGUUCGCCCUGUACCGGGAGGACAUAAGGCCGACGAACAGUCCGGGCGCUGCUGGUAGUGGGCCGAACGGCCCUGGCAACAACAACUCGAGCUACAAACUGUCCGAAACGGUGCCGGACUACUUUAAUGGUGCGGUGCUGCAGAGGCACCACCUCAACGAACCCGAUCCCGGCGUCGUCACGCUCAAGUUCCAGGUCGCCUUCAAUCUCGCCGUCGUCUGGAUGAUCGUCUUCGUCUCGCUCAGCAAAGGUCUGCGCUCCUACGGUAAGGUGGUGUACGUGUUCACACUGGUACCGAUAUUCGGCACCUUGGUGCUGUGCACGAAGCUGUUGGGUCUGACGCCGCCGGGUUCGUUGCACCAACUGUUCCCGGGCACGGUCUGGGCCGAGUUUUUCAUCAACGGGAGAUCCUGGGUCGCCGCUUCGUCCGAGGUCUUUCUCACCUGGGGAUUACUCGGCGCCGCUGCUAUGCAGAUUGCAGCGCACAACAAGCACAAGCAUCUGCUGCAGAGGGACACGAGUCUCGUGGUCGUGCUGACAUUCGUGGUUCUGCUGCUAGCCGCGUUUCUCGCCAAUACCUGCGUGCAGAUUCUCAAGUAUCACGGUUACAUCUACACGACCAGCUCGUUCGAGAGGAUAUCGAGCUACAUGUUCCUGCGACCGAUAAACCAGCCGUCGCCCUCGGGCUACAGUAGUACACCGGAACGUUUCAUGGCACACGCGUCUUUCAUCGUGGGUCAAAGAGUAUCUCGGCCCGGCGCUGAGCUUACCUACGAGUCGGGAUACCAGGUGCUCAGACUCUCGACCGAACUCGUACCUGCUACCCUGGCUGUUCUCGGCACCGAGCAGGUCUCGCCCUUCUGGGCUGUGCUGUUCUACUUCAUCCUCAUUCUGUUUGGCAUCGCGCAACAGUUGGCAAUCUGGCAUUGCGUCAUAACUGGUAUAAUGGCCAUAAACACUAAGAUGAUGAAGCUCUGGGAAACUACUAUCACCUUCUUCAGCUGCGCUUGCGCCUACAUACUCGGGCUUCCAAUGGCCACCGAGUACCUGUCCGAGCACUUGGUACACUGCGGUGCAGUUCUAGAGGAGUGCCCGGAAAAGUGUGGCGCCUACGUCCCACGUGCCGAGCUUCAGGACCACUUGAACCAGUGCUUCCGAGGUCUGUCCAAUAAGGUCCAUCGCACGGGUGCCUCGAUCGAUGAGCAGAUUCGCUCGCUGCGCGAGUCCGCCUGGAAGAACAAAGUCGUGUCGAUCCUGAGUCUUCUGCGUAGCGCGGUGUCCGAAGGUGAGCAAGAGAUCAAGGAGCUGCGCGACACUCUCGCCUCGAGUCUUCAAUUAACGAACGAGGCGUUGCGCAAGGACAUCCUCGACGAGCUGUUCGAGAGCCGUCGACGACUGGCCAACCUCGAGAAGGCUUGCGGGGAAUUGAGGCUGGAAGAACGCGAGAAGAGCUGCGUGGUCAUAGAGGAGCUGAGGGCUGGCUUCAGCGCUGAGAGUUCGUCUCUGAGGAAGCUGUGGCAGGAGCAGGCUCAGAACGUGCACGACAUGCGGUUGGAGCUAGAGAUGCGGUGUAAAUUGUCUAAGGAGUUGGUAGAGAGAUACGACGUACUGAUCGAAAAGACCGAGACAUUGGAGAGAAGGUUACAGAGCCAAGCUGAUAGCAUCGCUGAACAGGCGACUGGUUACAAGACCCUGAGGUUCCAGAUGAAGGAGAACGUCGCCUACGUCGAGGAGCUCAUCAGAGAUUUGCUGAGCAAGUGUAAUUCUGCACCAAGGUAUUAUCAGUGCGAUUGUCAGAGGGAGAACCUACCCGUGGGCAGACUCGUCUGGAGAAUCGACGGCUUCCAUGAGAAGAUGGACGAGGCUAAAAGAAGCGACGCUGUUCUCUACAGCCCGGCCUUCCACGACAAAGAAUACGGCUAUACCGUGAGGAUGGAACUCUAUCUGAACGGUCUAGGUCAGUGGAGGAACCGUCACGUCAUUGGUUGCCUCAGAGUCAUCGACGGCAAGUGGGACCCUCUGCUUGACUGGCCUUGCGUUCUCAGAGCCGACGUGACACUGAGGGAUCAAGAGAACUCGGUCAACGACGUGGACAAGUUCGUCAAGACGGUGAAGAAGGGCAAGUCCAACGAAGAACUCGAACACAAUGCCGAUCUCUACAUGUUCAUACCCCACACGACACUCGCGAGGCACAAAGGAUACACCUGCGACGACGUGAUGUUUAUGGAGAUUCGCGUGCGGGAUCAGAAGUUCAGCGGAUCGACCAUGUCUUUGUUUGGUAUAUACGUGGUGUACUAUCUGGACUACACGGUGGGCGGUGCCUGGUGGAUUUUGGUGCUGUACCUGGUGCAGGUCGCGGCAGUUUUCGCCGUUCGCGGCAGACCGCAUACCGGCGAUGCGGUCGUCGCGGAGCUUUUCCCACCGACAGGCAGGUGCCUCAGAUACUGGGCUGGUCCCUUACUCUCAUUCACCUGGAACGUCGUCUUGCCCAUUACACUAAUGGUACUUAGCAUCACUAUAUUCAAAAGCACAGGCUAUCGGGAACUGUACACCUAUCGACGCAUGAACAAGGACUACUGGUCUAUUUGGGCAAGGCAGCUCGGAGCUUCGAUACAGCUGAUACCGAUUUUGAUGAUACCCGUCGUCGCGGUCAUUCAAACGUGUCGCUAUCUCAACAACGGACCACCCGAUAUAUUCGACAGAAUCCAGCUGCUGUACCGGCCAUCGCUGGAGCCGGAUGACCAACGCAACGGACAAACGCAGCUAAACGGCGCCGCUGGUGGCAACCUUCACGGUAACGGUCUCGUCUCGAGUACGACGGAGCUGCCCUUCGAGGACCCACCACCCAAAUACACACCUCCACCGAGUUACACCACCGCCACUGGGGCACGUAUCGCCAAGAUGCUGCGCCAGAGCUUCCGACGAAGCGUCAGACGUAUCGCCAAUGUCUUGGGAGAAGGUGGAAGUGCCGCUGCAGCGAGAAACAGGCCAGCUCUGCAGCAGCAACCACCACCGCCUGAUUACGCAGCUGUACUCGUGGAGAUGAAUCAGAGCGUGUCGUCGCGGGACAUCGCUAUUCACAUAGCUGAGCAGAUCCGACCGGACGUAGCAGAUUCCCGCCGACCAACGUCCAACCAUUCUGACCGACUGCAUCCUCACCCCCACAAUCAAUACCGCUCGAACACCAUCGACCGGUCGAGCUGUCGCGACAUCAUCUCCACGAUCGAACGACCCCCGAUGAACCAUCGGGGCCACUACACUGUGGACCGUAACGCAGGCCGUCGUCCCUACAACAAUAGCCACAACAACGCCUCGUCCAAUCUGACCGCGGCCGAAGUGGCUAACCUGUUGCGCAGCAGUAUCCGACGCAACGCUGUUCGGCGAAGCUUCCAUCAACAGCAGCAACAACAGCAACCACAAAACGCCGUCUCGGUGGAGAACCUCGUGGAGGCCGCUGCGCCUAUCGCCCGGCAGAACUCGCUCGUCAAGCCACCCGAGCAGCGCCGGCCAACUGCAUCAUCCGACAAGACUGCCGACGAAAUGGAGAGCUCCGUUUCUGUGAUAUAGACUGCGGCUAAGCCUUCUUUCCUUCUUUAACGCGUUCCUUAUUAUACUUUUCUUUGCGAUGUAAUGUGACCUUCUUCUCGGUUGCUCGAACUGUCUCGUUAUUUGUGACUUCGUCCCUGUAUAGCCGCUCGCGUUGCUUUUGUGCGUACAUAAGUUUCCGUGUUCGCGACGGGUGUGUACAUAUAUGCUACUUUGUCUUUUUUUUUAAUGGAUGAACCUAUGGAGCUCGGCACUGAUAGUUUUUAAUUGGCUUUUACGCGCCUUUUCUUUUUAUGGAAUCAGGUACGGUUUGAAGUUUAAAAGUGAUUCGGAGCUACAAAUCAAUUAUGAAUUUUGGAAUUUAGAGGACUACGUAGACAGAUUGAAUAAAAAAUUAGUUUGAAAAUGUGUAACUGUAUAGUGACAUUCCCUGUAGAGUUUCUCCAUUUUGACUCGGUGCGAGUUUUGUCUGUUGCGAAGCCUUCAUUUUUAUUGUAAAAACUUUAGCCGAGUAUUGCUAGCGUCGCGCUAACGCUACUAUUCUGCAGGCAUUUUUUUUGUGCGAAUGCUUAACUGACAUCAGACUCGUAUUUCAUUUUUUAAUGAAGAAAAGUCAGUAAUAUUUAAGUGUUUUACGUUUGUACUGUCAUCUAUACUUAUAUUUGUAACAUUUGAACUGUUGAUAUCAAUAGCUAAUGAUUGUCUACGAUCGUAAGCAAUACUUUCUAGGAAUAUAAGAACUACUUAUUAUCAAUGUACAGUUUUAUUUUGAAUGAUGAGAAAGAUGGCAAAUAAUUGAAAGAAAUCAUGCUUACUUGUAUUGAAAAAAAAAAUAGAAUAUUUCAGAGCACGAUGAACGACAAAAAGUACGGAAUCGUGCACAAGAAUCAUUAAAGAUCUCUAUUAUACUUAAUAAACUUUCAUUAUCAACGAUUUUUUCUCUUGAUGAAUACUUAUUGAAGGACUGUAACAAAAAAAAGUGAUACUUGCUUAACUAUACUUCGAAAAACGAUUGCACAUGUAAAAUGUAACAUUAUGUACAUUUUUUUCUAAUAAAUACAAACUGCAAACGGUAAA